CUAGUAUAUAAAGAUAUCUCAAUCCCUCGAGGCACUCACCCGCAUCAUCCCAAACUAGGUUUUCGUCUCUCGCGGCACUCCAUUCCAAAAGCUUCCUCGGAGUUCUGACAUCAUGAGGAGCGCCUUAUUGUUCUUCCUUGCUGCCCUUCUCCUCCUUCCUCUCGUUGUUCACGGAGACUGCGACUGCUCAGCGGAUGAGGAAGCCCGCGACAAGAAGGCGGCCCGCCCGUUGAAGAUCGUAGCAAUAUUUUCCAUCCUUGUCUGCGGCAGCAUUGGCGUCUGCAUUCCCAUCCUAGGCAAAUGGAUACCGGCUCUUGACCCCGAUAGGGAUGCCUUCUUCGUCAUCAAGUCAUUCGCUGCCGGCGUCAUUCUCGCCACCGCCUUCGUCCACAUCCUACCUGAUUCCUUCGACAGUCUUACCUCCUCAUGUCUCCAUCCCGACCCUUGGCAUAACUUUCCCUUCGCGGGGUUCGGAGCGAUGAUCGCCGCGAUAGGGACGUUGAUGAUCGAUACUCUGGCCACCGGAUACUUUAGCCGCCCCCACAACGCCGUGAGCGACGAGACGAAGACUGACAUAGAGAUCAGGCCCGACGUCGUGCAUGAAGAGAAUAUUCAUGUACAUACUCAUGCCCACGCUCAUGGACAUCCUUCGUCGCCUCAGCUAAUUCGCCAUCGAGUCAUCUCACAGGUUUUGGAGCUCGGCAUCGUCGUUCAUUCUGUCAUAAUCGGGAUUGCUUUGGGCGCAUCGGAGACUCCAUCUACGAUAAAGCCUCUUGUAGUCGCUCUCAGUUUUCAUCAGUUCUUUGAGGGCGUAGGACUUGGAGGAUGUUUGGUUCAGGCAAAACUCAAACCGAGGACAGCAGUAACGAUGGGGCUCUUCUUUUCACUCACAACACCGGUUGGGGUAGCAGUAGGUGCGGGAUUAUCAUCUGCCUACGAUGAAAAUAGUCCUAGAGCUCUCAUCGUCGAAGGUCUUCUUAAUUCUGCCUCGGCUGGGAUCUUGAUUUACAUGUCACUUGUCGAUCUCCUGGCCGAAGAUUUUAUGAACCCAAGAGUGCAAAGUAAAGGGAGAUUACAAGCUGGGAUGAAUAUUUCUCUCCUUACAGGAGCAGGACUCAUGUCUCUCCUUGCGAAGUGGGCUUAAACAUAUUUGUACUUUCGUGAAUGAACUCUUUUUCAGCAAUUUGCGUACAAUAAAAUGUAAGCGUUCACCUACAUACGUCCUUGAGUUGUGUAUUUGGGAUUUGUUCUUGAAAAUGUACCGUGCUUGA